AUCAGCACCAUUUAGUCUGUAACUAGCAUCAGUGAAUCAGUAGACCCAACUCUGUUGAUCAGGGAGAGAGAGGUGAGAUGUUGGGUCAGAACCAGCACCACAGAUCUCUCCAAUGAAAGCUCCUCUGAUCUCUCCUUUCUCUCUGUCUCUCCCGCCUGACGUUGACCUGUGGCGUGUGGAGGAGCUGCUGGGUCCAGACAUCUAAAGUACUGUUUGGACUGAGUUCUGUAAGUGUGUGUUGAUGCUCAAGAACAAGCGGAGCAGGUAUUUGGGCGGCUUGCCGCUUCAGGACUUCUAUUCACUUCCGAGCGCUCCUGUAUAGGUCUCUAAAUGUUGGAUUAAAACACUAAAGGAUCUUUUAUACAAGAUGAGCGAAGACGCCAAAGAUAAAGGGACUAACAAGCAAGCACAGCGCAAGAAGAAAGGCAAAAAGACUGACACCAAUGCCAGUUACCUCAGAGCGGCCCGAGCUGGAAAUCUAGAAAAAGCCCUCGAUUACAUAAAGUCUGGUGUGGACAUCAACAUCUGCAACCAGAAUGGGUUAAAUGCUCUACAUUUAGCAUCUAAAGAAGGUCAUGUGGAGGUGGUGGCUGAACUGAUUAAACUUGGUGCAACUGUGGACUCCUCAACAAAGAAAGGAAACACUGCUCUACACAUAGCAUCACUCGCUGGACAGACAGACGUGGUCAAAGAACUAGUGAACAAUGGAGCAAAUAUCAACGCCCAGUCUCAGAAUGGCUUCACGCCCCUCUACAUGGCUGCUCAGGAGAACCAUCUGGACGUUGUCAAAUUCCUCUUGGACAACGGAUCCAGCCAGAGCAUCGCCACAGAGGAUGGUUUUACUCCUCUGGCCGUAGCUCUUCAGCAGGGUCAUGAUCAGGUUGUGUCUCUGCUCCUUGAGAAUGACACUAAGGGUAAGGUACGGUUACCUGCCCUCCACAUCGCCGCGCGCAAGGACGACACCAAAGCGGCGGCGCUACUCCUGCAGAACGAUCACAAUGCAGACAUCGAAUCCAAGAUGAUGGUGAAUAGAACAACAGAGAGUGGUUUUACUCCUCUACACAUAGCAGCUCACUAUGGAAACAUCAAUGUAGCGACGCUGCUCCUGAACCGUGGGGCGGCCGUAGAUUUCAAAGCACGGAAUGACAUCACACCUCUUCAUGUGGCAUCGAAACGAGGAAACGCCAACAUGGUCAGACUCCUGCUCGAGAGAGGAUCCCGAAUCGAUGCCAGAACCAAGGAUGGACUGACACCUUUACACUGUGGAGCGAGGAGCGGUCAUGAACAAGUAGUUGAGAUGUUGCUCGAUCGUGGAGCCCCCAUCCUUUCCAAAACAAAGAACGGUCUCUCGCCGCUACACAUGGCAACACAAGGAGAUCACUUAAACUGUGUUCAGCUCUUGCUCCAUCAUGACGUGCCCGUGGAUGAUGUCACCAACGAUUAUCUGACCGCGCUGCACGUCGCUGCCCACUGUGGACACUACAAAGUUGCCAAGGUCCUUGUGGACAAGAAGGCCAAUCCCAACGCCAAAGCACUGAAUGGUUUCACUCCGCUUCACAUCGCUUGCAAGAAGAACAGAAUUAAAGUGAUGGAGCUUCUGUUGAAACACGGAGCGUCCAUACAGGCUGUAACUGAGUCUGGACUUACGCCCAUUCAUGUGGCUGCUUUUAUGGGCCAUGAAAACAUUGUGACUCAGUUGACGAAUCACGGAGCGUCUUCAAACGCCAUGAAUGUGAGGGGAGAGACGGCGCUCCACAUGGCUGCCAGGGCAGGACAGACAACCGUGGUGAAAUUCCUGGUGGCGAAUGGAGCAGAUGUGGACGCAAAGGCCAAGGACGAUCAAACACCGCUUCAUAUCGCCAGUCGUCUGGGUAAACCAGAUAUAGUCCAGCAGUUGCUGCAACACGGAGCGUCACCGGACGCCACCACCUCAUCCGGAUACACGCCGCUCCAUCUGGCUGCACGUGAAGGCCACAAAGACAUCGCAUCUAUCCUGCUGGACAGCGGAGCCUCUCUUAGCAUCACCACCAAGAAGGGAUUUACACCUCUACAUGUCGCAGCCAAAUAUGGAAAGAUCGAAGUGGCAAACCUGCUGCUGCAGAAGAGAGCACCACCUGACGCUGCUGGAAAGAGUGGACUAACACCACUGCAUGUUGCUGCACACUAUGAUAAUCAGAAAGUGGCUCUUCUGCUUCUGGACCAGGGAGCGUCUCCACACGCAGCUGCAAAGAACGGUUACACUCCACUUCACAUAGCUGCCAAGAAGAACCAGAUGGAGAUAGCGACCACACUGCUGGAGUAUGGAGCAGAUACCAACGCAACAACACGUCAGGGCAUCAGUCCUCUGCACCUGGCAGCUCAGGAGGGCAACGUCGAUAUGGUCACCCUCCUGCUCGCUCGGGAAGCAGAUGUUAAUUUAGGAAACAAGAGUGGACUGACGCCACUGCAUUUAGCCGCCCAAGAGGACAAAGUCAAUGUGUCAGAGGUGCUGGUUAAUCACGGAGCCACGGUCGACCCAGAAACCAAGAUGGGAUACACUCCACUACAUGUGGCCUGUCACUAUGGUAACGUGAAGAUGGUACACUUCCUGUUGAAGAACCAGGCCAAAGUCAAUGCCAAAACAAGGAAUGGAUACACACCUCUUCACCAGGCUGCUCAGCAGGGUCACACACACAUUAUUAAUCUUCUGCUAAAACAUGGAGCUUCACCUAAUGAGUUAACUGUGAAUGGAAAUACAGCAUUAUCCAUCGCCCAACGUCUGGGUUACAUCUCUGUUGUUGACACUCUCAAAAUCGUGACCGAGGAGAUUCAAACUACUGUGACGGUGACCGAGAAACAUAAAAUGAAUGUUCCAGAAACAAUGAAUGAAGUUCUGGAUAUGUCCGACGAUGAAGUUCGUAGAGCCAAUGUGCCUGAAAUGCUCAAUGAGGACUAUAUUUCAGAUGUUGAAGAAGGUGAGGAUGCUAUGACACUAGGGACAGAUAAGUACCUGGGGCCACAGGACCUGCGGGAGCUGGGAGAUGAUUCGCUGCCUCAGGAGGGAUACAUGGGCUUUAGCGUCGGAGGCCGUACGGCGAGCCUGCGCUCCUUUAGUUCGGAUAGGUCCAACACCCUCAACCGAAGCUCCUUCAACCGAGACAGCAUGAUGAUCGAUGAGAUCCUGGCACCCACAAAGGACACGGGGGUUUGUAAAGAAAUGCCCACCCUUGUUGACCCCCAUUAUAAGCAUCUGACUUUAGCCAAAGAGUACAACACUGAUUCACUGAGACGCUACAGCUGGACUCCAGACUCACUGGACAACGUCAACAUGGUGUCCAGCCCCGUUCAUUCAGGGUUUUUGGUGAGCUUCAUGGUGGACGCCCGUGGCGGUUCCAUGCGAGGAAGUCGGCACAACGGCAUGCGGAUCAUCAUCCCGCCGCGCAAGUGUACGGCACCCACGCGCAUCACCUGUCGUUUAGUCAAGCGACACAAGCUGGCGUCACUGCCACCCAUGGUGGAGGGAGAGGGUCUGGCGAGCAGACUGGUGGAAGUGGGCCCAGCCGGGGCUCAGUUUCUAGGCCCUGUGAUUGUUGAGAUCCCUCAUUUCGGAUCCAUGAGGGGGGAUGAGCGCGAGCUCAUCAUGCUGAGGAGUGAGAACGGAGAGACCUGGAAGGAGCAUCAUUAUGAUUGCAAGACUCAAGAUCUCCAUGAGCUCCUUAAUGGCAUGGAUGAAGAGCUGGACAGUUCAGCAGAUCUGGAGAAGAAGCGUAUCUGCAGGAUUAUUACCAAAGAUUUUCCACAAUACUUUGCGGUGGUGUCACGGAUCAAACAGGAGACCAAUCAGAUGGGUCCAGAGGGAGGACUUCUGUCCAGUAAGACUGUAAAUCUGGUCCAGGCCUCUUUCCCUGAGGGUGCACUUACCAAAAAGAUCAAAGUUGGAUUGCAGGCUCAGCCUGUGCCAACUGAAGCUGUGAAGAAUAUUAUAGGGAAUCGUGCAACCUUCAGCCCCAUCGUGACGGUUGAGCCUCGCAGGAGAAAGUUUCACAAGCCCAUCACCAUGACCAUUCCUGUACCUCCUCUAUCAGGAGAGGGUGUGCUCAACGGCUACAAAGGAGAUACAACACCCAGUCUCCGUCUCCUCUGCAGUAUAACCGGUGGCACAUCACCGGCUCAAUGGGAGGACAUCACUGGUACAACACCACUCACAUUCAUGAAUGACUGCGUGUCCUUCACCACAAACGUUUCUGCCAGGUUUUGGCUGGCAGACUGCCAUCAGAUACCAGAGACUGUGGGUUUGGCCACUCAGCUCUACAGAGAGCUCAUUUGCGUGCCCUAUAUGGCCAAGUUUGUGGUGUUUGCCAAAAUGAACGAUCCGGUGGAGUCCAGCCUGCGAUGCUUCUGUAUGACGGAUGACAAAGUGGACAAAACUCUGGAGCAGCAGGAGAACUUCGAGGAAGUGGCCAGAAGCAAAGACAUUGAGGUACUAGAAGGAAAACCCAUUCAUGUGGACUGCUACGGCAAUUUGGUACCACUGACCAAAUCUGGACAGCAGCUGGUUUUUAACUUCUACGCAUUCAAGGAAAACAGACUGCCAUUCUGUGUGAAGGUCCGGGACAGCAGCCAGGAGCCAUGUGGUCGCCUGUCCUUCCUGAGAGAGGUCAAAACUUCUAAGGGUCCCGUUCAGACCCCUAUCUGUAAUUUAAACAUCACACUGCCAGGACUCAAGAAGGAUGCGGAAUCGGACCCGGAAGAAGAGAAUGAAAAACCAGAGCGACGUCAUACCUUUGCAUCUCUAGCCUUACGUAAGCGCUACAGCUAUCUGACCGAGCCUGGAACGAAAACAGUUGAACGAAGCACAACAAGAACACUGCCUGCUGGUUACGCUCACAAACCUGUCUUUUCAACAAGAUCUUACCAGGCAUGGUCGUCUGCUCCUAUUACCGUCCCUGGGCAAACAAAAUGUGGACUGGGUUCCCUCUCCAGUUCACCUACCGUCACGCCAUCUGCUUCGCCAUUAAAAUCUGUGUGGUCCGUUACGUCUACUUCUCCAAUCAAGUCUACUUUGGGACCUUCAAAUGUUUCCCCUACAAAGUCAGUUAGCGAAAUAGCAUCACCCAUUAGAACAUACAGGUCUAUGUCAUCUUCCAUCAAGACUGUGGUUCAGCAAUCCCAGAACCAAGUUCCAAUUUCGUCCGGUGUCCUGUCGUCUCCGGGUAAAACUGGAACAGAUCCCGUGUCCAUUAAGGGGCUUGCUGCGUCACUUUCCUCAAGAGCUUACUUAAAUUCGUCAUCUGCAUCAUUGCUAGAGAGAACUUUUCCUACAGUAACCCAGUCAGAUUCUGUAAAGUCGACCCCAAAUACAUACGCAUCUUUAUCAUUCAAAUCAGCCCUGACCCCCACAAGUACAGCAGUGUCCUCAACCGCUCGAAAUCUAUCGAGCUUUAUGUCUAUUACACCUACCACAGACACAGCCAGGGAAACGAUUCUGUCAUCUCUUUCGUCAGCAGCAAAGCCUUCGAUAGCCAGUUCAGAAACCGCCCUGUUGAACGGAUCCAUUUCACCAGUAAAAUAUCCCUCAUCCUCCACUGCAUCUUCCCGUCUGUUUUCAGGAGGGACUAAUAGUUUGCAGGAGCGAAUACAAGCCACAACACAAGCAGCUACAGCCAGUGUCGGUGCAGCAUUCACUGAGGCUGAGAAAACACUCGCCGGUUCUAUGUCAAACUAUAGCACUCUCAGAUCUUCACCUUUUAGAUCCAAUUUGUCAAGUUCUGUUUAUGAAUCUCUUAGAUCACCAGCCACCACCACCACAUCAAUAUCAUCCACUUCCAUGACCGUGCCAGUAUUUUCUGUGGUCAGCGUAAUCCCUGAAGCCCAGAACAAGAAGGUAGCAGACAAUAUAGCAGUCACACCUCAGACACACACUCAAGCACAGUCAUCUAGACAGAAACCCUCAAAGCCAUCACUGUUCAUUUCCCCCGCAGCCCUAAGAGAAGCUGCGGCACCCACACUGACAUCCAGUCAAGAGAUUCUUAAAGAUGUGGCAGAUAUGAAGGAAGAUUUGAUAAGAAUGACUGCAAUCUUACAAACUGACCCCACUUCAACUGCAACUAAAAGCUUCCAGUCAUGUGUUUCUAAAGAGCCUAAGAUGGAGGAUGAGGAAACGUUCAGUUUGGUGGAGAAAGUUAAAGAGGACCUUGUCAAAGUAAGUGAAAUUCUCACAAAGGACGUCCUGAAUGAGGCCAAAACCUCAAGUAAAGACAGAGCCUCGGAAGAUGAAUGGGAAGAGUUCUCCAAAGAUGAAAUUGAGGAGGCACGGCAAAGUGCCCUUCGAACUUCGAAUGAUCUUGAUUUUGCUAAAGUGGUCGAUUAUUUAAUGAAUGAUCUAGGUGCUAGUUCCAUCUCCAAAAUAGCUGAUGUAAAAAGCAGAUAUGAUGAAAUUAAAAAGGAAGGAGAGGAAAAACAAAAGCGCACCAUAAAACCCGAGCACAAGCUCAAAAUGCCCCCCACAGGUAUGCGAACAUCUCCCUCAGAGAAAGACCUGAGUAAAUUAGCUGACACCUAUAGUGGUACAGAUGCUAUCCUGGAAUCCCCUGAUGACUUUUCUCAUGAACAAGACAAGAGUCCACUCUCAGAUAGUGGUUUCGAAACCAGAAGCGAAAAGACCCCAUCAGCACCUCAAAGUGCAGAGAGCACCGGACCAAAACCCCCUUUCACAGAUGUGCCUAUUCCCCCGGUCGUAACAGAAACCAGAACUGAAGUUGUUCACGUAAUCAGAAGCUAUGAACAUCCUGAAGAGCCCUGUGAAACACUAAUGGACGAGGGAGCAACUUACAAGCCUCCUGCAUGCCCUGAACCUGAGGCAACAGUUAGCUCGGUCAAAGAUAAGGUUAAGGCCUUGCAAAUUAAAAAAGUCAACUCUGAAGAGCUGGCAUGCGUCAAAGAAGAAACCCAUAUUACCACUACAACUCGAAUGGUCUACCACAAACCUGGCUUGGAAAGGAGUGAAGAACCAACAAUGUCUUACCGAGACAUAAUGAAAGCUUUUCAGUCCGGAAGAGACCCUUCCAAAGAACUAGCUGGUUUAUUUGAGCACAAACCUGGCCAAGAUUCCAUUAAAGGAGAUGAAUUGUCCCCGCGCUUUCUAGAAAAAGACAAAAAACCCAAAGUUGAACGAAUAAUUGAGGUACACAUAGAAAAGGGCAGCACAUCUGACCCAACUGAGGUCAUAAUCAGAGAGACUAAAAAGCAUCCAGAGUUUAUAUGUAAAAGUGACAGAGGUCUUAAGGAGAUUGUUGAUAAGGUUGAGGGUGAUUAUGAGGCUCUUCAGGAUGAGGAUGAGCUUAUUGCUGAAGAAUCACUGCCUUCAUUUUUAGACACAUCCAGAGUGAAUACACCCGUCUCUCAAGAUGAAGAGAGUCGUCCCAGUUCUGCUCAGCUUAUUGCUGAUGAAUCAUACAAAGCUUUAAAGCUUCUGAGCCAGCAUUCUAUUGAGUAUCAUGACGAUGAGCUCUCAGAGCUAAGGGGCGAGUCAUACAGGUUUGCAGAGAAAAUGUUGCUCUCAGAAAAAUUUGACAUAUCACAUUCUGACACAGAGGACUCAGCUGCAGACCAGUCUCAGGUACAAGGGACAGAAGGCUUUUAUGGAGAAAGAGUAGCUGGCCCCAGAAAAGAGUCCAAGUACAGGUCAGCAAGGGAUUCGUCAGACAAAUUAGGUAAAUUUCCCCCACAAGAUGAGCAGUAUGACAAAGUUACAGUAUUACAUUACACCACAGAGCCAGGUAGCCCCAAACAUGCUGUCUGGAUGCGUUUUACUCAAGAUAGACAGGACAGGAAUAGAGAGAAACUCAUUUAUGAAGACAGAGUAGAUCGAACUAUUAAAGAGGCAGAGGAGAAACUGAGCGAAGUCUCACAGUUUUUCAGAGACAAGACAGAAAAGCUUAAUGAUGAGCUGCAAUCCCCUGAGAAAAAGAAACCAGCAAAACUUUCACAGGAGACGAGGUCAGGGCCUAGCUCUGUGUGCAGCAGCCCUGAGAAAAAGCAAAAGAGUCCAGAAUGGGACAAAAGCAGGCAAAAGCUCUUUGGCAGUACAAACGAAAGGAAAAGCUCCAGUCUGCCAAACAGUCCCGAGAGACAAAUGUUGUCACGCUUCAGUGAGGACAAAUCAAAACAGGACGAUGCUCCUCAGCAGUCAAAGACAGGUAUUGCAGGCCCUCCGGUUCCAGUGAAGACUUCUAAAGUGAGCUCAUUUAGACAAAAGCUUGAAACAGAAGCACAGAAACAAGAUAAAAAUGUGCCUACAGCACAAUUAAAACAACAGGGCAAAACAUUACCAGAAAGUAAAUUACCUGUAUAUCAGUUUUCUGCUAGUUCAAAAACUUCAAAGGCUGAAUUUGCCAAUGAAGUACAGACGCCUUAUAGAAAAUCAGCAGAAAACGACAAAAGUACAGUAGCCAUCGAGAGUAGCAAAGCUCAAGAAUGGUUGUCUCAAAAGCAGCCAGGUGAAAAAUCAUUAUCUGAAAUCUUGACCAAAUCAGAUACCUUUACGACCAGACCCUCUGUAAUGGAACAUAAGAGCGAGAAAAAGGUUGAGAGAACCCAAGUUCACUCUAAUGGCCUUAAAGAUGGAUCUAUAACCAAAAGUCAUAAUGUAACAGAUCAUGACAAAGGGCAGCAGGUUUUUAAAAGUGAUGCUAAAAAUGAGAUCAGUAAAACAAGUGUUUCCUUACCUAAAGAUAAUCUCAGUAGGAACGACUCUGAAAUAAAGACCUUUAAGAAAAAGAUUGAAUCUCAUAUUCCUGUUAGAACAUUAUCUGGUUCAAAUAAAGUGAAUCAAGACACAUUACCUAAACAAUCUGAAAAGAGCCAAUCACACAUACCUACCUUGACCAAACCAAGGAUUCAGGGCCGUGUAGAGUUACAGAGAGAGGAAGCUGUGACAAAGAAGUCUCAAGAUAUCUCUGCAGAAGGUAAAUCAACAAGCGGUUUACAUGACACUAGCUCAGUGGAAAAAGUAUCAACUAGAGAAAGUUUCAAAGGGUUGAAAUCUUUACCAGUCUAUGUAAGCAUGCAAGUUGGAAAACAGUCUGAGAAAGAUACACCUGGAGCAAUUAAUAGUACUGUCAAAAAGAUGGUAAGCUCAGAAACUAGAACGAUUUACACAGUUAAACAGAAACAGCCCACAUCACCUCAAGGCAGCCCUGAUGAUGACACUUUAGAGCAGUUCUCUUUUAUUGAUAGCUCAGGCAAAAGUCCAAUGACUCCAGAUACCCCAAGCUCUGAAGAGGUCAGCUAUGAUCUUACCUCAAGAACCCCUGACUCUUUUAUUGCAUUUGUGCCAGGUAUUGCUAGCCCAAUAGCAGAAGUUUCAGAGGAGUCAGAUAAUAGUGAGCAAGGCAAACGUUUUUCUUUUAGAGAACCAGAGAAAACAGCCAAUGGAAAGCAUGAAACUGGCAAUGUGACAAAAGACAAACGAGUUGCGUAUAUUGAGUUUCCUCCUCCACCUCCAUUGGAUUCUGAUUCGUCACAGACUGAGAAGAAGGGGUCGACACCGUCCUCAGAGGCUGAGACUGAGAUGAUGGAAGUAAAUCUCCAGGAGCGGUAUGAUAAACGUCGACUUGCUGAACCCAUAAUAAGAGUCCAGCCACCAUCUCCUGUGCCCCCAGGAGCUAAUGACAGCGAUUCAGAUGAGGAUGAAUCAAUCUUUAAACCAGUUCCAGUAAAGAAAUAUACCUUUAAGAUUGAUGAGGAGAAAAUUGAAAAGGAAAGCCAAUCAAAAGAACAUGACAAGAAUGGAAACCAUAAAGAACCAGAGGGAAAUGAUAAUGGAAAAGCAAAUGAUAAUGAUUAUGAACCAAAUGGCAAUGAUCAGUCCAUCACAGAUUGCUCUAUAGCGACAACUGCUGAGUUCUCGCAUGACACAGACGCUACAGAGAUCGACUCUCUGGAUGGAUAUGAACUUCAGGAUGAGGAUGACGGUCUAAGUGAAAAUGUUACUAAAUCAUUUGGUUUUCCCAAUGACAACAGAAUAGAUAUUUGGUCGUCAGAUAAUAUGACUAGGCCAAGUGACCGCUGCCAAAGCAAACUUGAAGUCAUUGAAGAAGAAUCACCAGCUGAGGAGUGCAGAAAGACCAAAGAGAACAUUGAUCCCUCAAACAAAAGAAAUGGAAAAGACGGUGGAAAACAAUCAGAUCAGGGUUUGUCGGAUACGUACUUCAGCUACAAGCUAGAUGAGGAGUUUAAUACUCCUUUCAAAACUGUUGCAACAAAGGGUUUUGAUCCUUGGUCAACCAAAGGAGGGGAAGAUGAAGUUGUGGAUGCUAGAAUUAAAGAUGACGAGCCCAAGCCCUUUGGGUUAGUGGUAGAUGACAAGUCUACAGCGACAACCCCUGACACGACUCCUGCGAGAACCCCGACUGAUGAAAGCACACCAACUAGCGAGCCCAACCCUUUCCCGUUCCACGAAGGGAAGAUGUUUGAGAUGACCCGCAGUGGUGCGAUUGACAUGAGCAAACGGGAUUUUGUUGAAGAGAGGCUUCAAUUUUUUCAGAUUGGCCCUCAGAGUCCCUGUGAAAGGACAGAUCUGCGUAUGGCAAUUGUGGCGGAUCAUCUUGGCUUGAGCUGGACCGAAAUGGCCAGGGAAAUGGAAUUUUCGGUGGAUGAGAUCAAUCAGAUCCGUGUGGAAAACCCCAAUUCAUUGACAGCUCAGAGUUUCAUGCUGUUAAAGAAAUGGGUUAGCCGAGACGGUAAAAACGCUACGACGGAUGCCUUAUCUGCAGUCCUGACUAAGAUCAAUCGGUUGGAUAUUGUGACAUUGCUGGAAGGGCCGAUAUUUGACUAUGGUAACAUAUCAGGCACAAGAUGUUUUGCAGAUGAUAGCGCAGUUUCCCAGGAGCAGGCUGAUGGUUACCAGAACAUUGAGCUGGAGCUCAAGAGUCCCUCAGUCCUGUCUUACGAGCCCCCUACCCCUCUACGUCAGGAUGAUUACUUUAGUGAGGACGGUAGGCUAAACUUCCCAGCUAGUGCCCCUGUUAGACCCAGUGAACUUAACCUGCAAACCACUAGCGGCCCGGUGUCUGCCGAUGCCAAGCCUCCUACUGUCAUGCAGGAGGACACCUCAAUUGGAGGUCGAGAAUCCUUGGGCCAAGAGGACGACAACCUCGGUGUCGGCCGAGAACCUGUGGUGUCUUAUUCUGAACGCGAGGUAAUGUCAAAAGAACUGGACGUCUUUCCAAGCAGCCCUGUGAGAGAGCAGAAGGAAGCCCAACCCGAAGCCACUGUUUGUUCCUCAGCUGUAGAGAGCAGCAAGUCGGGUUUUGACGAGGAAGAUGUGACCCAAGAAAAGAUCAAGUCUCUCUUGGAAAACAUUAAAUUGGAGGAAGGCUCAGAGGAUGUGGAGAUGACUGAGGAGAGGCUUCAGGAGAUCCUCUCACAAGUGCAGCUGGCAGAAAACGAUUUGUCUUCAAUUUCAGGUUUGCAGGGUGAGACGUCUGGCGCAAAGGCGACGGUAACAUCUUCAGCCAGAGGACCGGGUACUGAUACGCAAGGGCAAAGAGAGUCCAGCCAACAGCCGCUGCCCACAACUGCUGGAGUGCAAGGUGAGAAGCAAAACGGAGAACAUCCAGAGCACCACGAGCUUCUGUCGAAGGGCAAAGCAGAGAAAGAAUCUGGAUGGGAGGAGGUGAGCAGUGAGGUUCUGGAGGACAGAGGAACAGGAUCAAUCAAUGAGAAGGAUGGCGUACCUUUUUCUGAAGUCCAGCAGGGAGCUUGUAAGGAUAAUGAAUCCAGCUCUGAUGAAGAAGAGACCAUCACCACCAGAGUUUAUCGACGGAGAGUGAUCCUCAAGGGUGAUCAGGCCAGAAACAUUCCUGGCGAGACCGUGACAGAGGAGCAGUACAUAGAUGAUGAUGGAAACAUGGUCACCAGAAAAGUCAUUCGAAAAGUGGUGCGUCGUACAGCUGCUGUGGAGGAGCAAGGAAAGAGAAAGCGUGGGAAGCGCUCCCGACAGGCCGGUAGGGCCGGGGGGGACGAAGAGCAGGGCUCCGGGCCCCAAACAGUGCACAAUGAGGCUGGUGAAAGAGCGAAUGGCAAAAAGAAAGAAGAGAGACAAAGAGAGAAAAAGUGUCAAUCGUAACAGUUGUGUGCACUUUCGGAUUUAACGUUGUUUUAAAAUCAUUUUCCUGGGAGGAAGAUCACUGGAAACUCGCAGGAGGUCAGAGCAGGAAGAUCUACACCUUCACAAAAACCAAUGGAUUUCAGCCAGAGGACAUUUGAUUUCGCAUGAGCAUGAUAAACUUGUUUCUGUCAAUAACACAGAGAGCGGCUAACAGUCACUGAGUGUCGAGAGGACAUUGAUGGUGCGAGUGUCUGAAAUAAGCGCAACACUUCUAACACUUAAGUGACCAAAGAGGCCACAAAAUCCUUUGAUGAUUGACAGAAAUGGAUGGGCACGUUUGAAUCACUUUUACACUCGCCUUAUUUUUUAUUAUUUUUUUGGACUCAUAAUGUCUGGGUGUAUAAUGCUGUUUAAUGGAGCUUACGAUGUACAUAAAUGACACUGUAUAAAUUCUAAUGUGGCUCACGAUAUUGAUAAUGCACUGGCAAGCGUGUAGGAAUGAACUACCAAUUCUGAUUCCGGUUUUAAGGGAACGCUCGAGUGUAUAAUUAUUAGCAGGAGAAAUGUUUGUAAAUGAAACAAUAACAAGAAUAGACGUUUCUUUUAAACCUGCGGUUCUCAGCGGUACUGAACCUGGAGCAGCUGUGGACAUCUUCAGAUUACUAAUAUUUUCAUGCAUGUAAUACACUUUAUUUUCCUUCUUUUUUUUAAACUGCAUAACACACACGAGAAAAAGAGAGAAUGUUGUGGAUGUGUCCACUCACAGCCUUGUCAUUGUAUGUUUUUUAGUAUGAUGAUAAUAUCACUCAUUGAUGUGAGCUUCCUCUGCACUUAAAGAUUCAUCAGAUUGUUGUGUCACGUCAGCUGACGCGACGCAGAUUUUUAACUGUUCCCAUGUGUUUUGGCUGUAAGAUGUACAAGUCUUUCUGUCAGCCUGUCAUUUGUAAUCAUUUUAGCAGAGUAUUAUUACUUUUCAAGGCUGCUGUGGUUUUGGGGAAAUUUUAUUUUGAUUUUGGUGCAUUAUUGACUGCAAAUCACUCUUCAGCAUUCAUGGAUGACAGAUCUGGUUACAAACAUAUGUAUGGAAAUAAACAUACACUGGAUGAUCAAAUUAAUUAUUUAAGCUUAUAAUAAAUUGUGUUCAAACCCUU